UUGAGCCGCUGGAUGAGCAUCAAGUCGUCUGAAAUUGAAUUGGUUUGGAUAGACUGUAGUGUAAUUCCGGGGCAUACAAAUACAGUCGGGCCCGGGCUCCUCGGACGCAAAGUGGAUGUGAGAAUAAGCUUUUAAAGAUGAGAGAAAAUGUUUUCGACUUUCAGGCACGAAUAUGAAGAGAAAGUGGAGAGUGAAUAUGAAAUAUUUUUACUCAAUCUGCUGCUUGAUACGGAAGCUUUACUUUAAAAUUCGGCUCCCAUUUAUAUGUCGGCUAUAUAUUUUAAAUUGUGUUGAGAUGUUUGAGUCAUCGUAAUCGCAGACUGCACCCACCGCUUGGCCGCUACAUCACUGCUAACAAAUCUUAGUUAUUUUUGUUUAGGUGAAGUCUCUAAAAGCGUGUUUGGAAAUUUCAAAUGCCUUGUGCUAUUUGUGGGAUUGACCCUCCUCUCUGCCUCCUCCUUCUCCUCCUCCUCCUCCGGUGUGUUCUUCCUCUAUGGUCCUCUAGUCACCUGACCAAACGCCAUGCAAAUCAUUCUGCUGCUAGAGCCUCAUUGGCCGCUUGUGGCUCAUUUAACCGCUGUCAGUGCGCAUCAUAUGGCCGCCGCUUUAACCAACUUCUCAACUCCGACAGGGAAAGUGGCUCAAAUGCGCAUUCUAUCACAGUGGAUGUGAACCAACCCAGGCGAAGACAGGGUGAAAUACUGGUUGGAAAACAUUUUAUAUCCCUUUUCGGAUUAAUUUUCAUCUCGUAUUUGAUUCAUUUGGGGUUAGAAUAUCUAUUUUGUAACUCAGUCGACCUGUGCGCACCCGAUCUUUGUGCGCGCCUGACCUAUCUUAAAAUAGACUUUUUUCUCUGUUGCUGGCGAAGUUUAAAACCAGGUGAAUGUAUAGCAUGAUGAUGGAAACUGACCUUCAUUCCCCCGGCCCCCAAACGAACACGAGCACGGGGCAAACGGGGCCGAACGGCGGGUCCAAAGCGAAUCAGGAACGGGUGAAGAGACCGAUGAACGCGUUCAUGGUGUGGUCCCGUGGGCAGCGGAGAAAGAUGGCACAGGAGAACCCCAAAAUGCACAACUCUGAGAUCAGCAAGCGGCUGGGCGCCGAGUGGAAGGUGAUGUCCGAGGCUGAGAAGCGACCUUUCAUUGACGAGGCGAAACGUUUGCGAGCCAUGCACAUGAAGGAGCAUCCGGAUUACAAGUACCGGCCAAGACGGAAGACCAAGACGCUCCUGAAAAAGGACAAAUAUUCCCUUGCCAGUGGACUGCUUUCUGGGCCCAGUGGGGGCGGUGGAGUUGGUUUAGGGGUCGGCAUGAGUUCAUCGGGGGUCGGGCAAAGGUUAGAGAGCCCCGGGGGUCACGGAGGCUCAGCCAGCUCCGGCUACGCGCACAUGAACGGCUGGGCGAACGGUGCGUAUUCGGGGCAGGUGGCUGCAGCCGCGGCGGCCGCAGCAAUGAUGCAGGAGGCUCAGCUAGCCUACAGCCAGCACCCGGGGAGCGGAGCGCACCACCACCACCACUCACACCACCAUCACUCACACAACCCGCAGCCCAUGCACCGCUACGAUAUGACAGCCCUGCAGUACAGCCCCAUCUCGAACUCUCAGAGCUACAUGAACGCUUCUCCCUCCGGCUACGGCGGGAUCACCUACACACAGCACCAGGGCUCCGGCGUCUCCUCCUCAGCUGCCAUGGGGACGUUAGGGUCGCUGGUGAAAUCGGAGCCGAGUAUUUCUCCGUUGUUGGAAUAGCAUCCGCCCUGGAACUUUCUGACGAGCAAAGUGUUCACCAGUGGACAUGGAGCAGUGUGGGGGGACUGUGAUUUACAGAUAGCACGGCGUCUCCUCUGCUGGCAGGCCAUCAUUAUGACGAGCACGAGGAGAUGGGUGCUGUGGGAAAAAAGACCUUUUGGAAAAUGUCAGAGAGAAACAGUCAGAGCCCCAAAUUUCUUUCAUUCACUAUUUCCCCUGUGAUGUUUCCUCCUCUAAACUCCUUAAUUAUCAUUAUUAUUAUUAUUAUUAUUAUUAUUAUUAUUACUAUUAUUAUGUUUUGUAUCUAAGUGCAGUGUCAGAUUUCAGAGCAUGUGGAUUUUAUUUUAUUUUUUGCUUAUGUGGUUUACCUGAAGAUCGAAUGUAACAAAAAAACACCAGCUCUGUAUUUCACCCAUCUCAGCAAAAACAAAUACUUACAAACAAAGAACAAAACAACAACAGGGGGAAAAAAAAAAUAACAACAACAAAAAACAAACAGCAGAGUCUGCAGCAGCUCUGCUUCUCCAUGCCGUUCCACUGGAGCCAGCUUCACUGUCUUAAUACUCUUAGCCCCUCAGUUGGCAUGUUUUCCAUGAACCCGCUGCAUUUUCAGAUUUGUAAAAUCCGUCAAAAUGCCUGUAAUGAAUAUUUCUACAGCCUGGAAUGUGUUUAAUGUGCUGUUUGACCGGCCCAGUAGGACAUGCUCACAGAUCUGGCACAAGCACCAGAUCAUGAUUGGACAGAGGAAAGUGAAACAGGUGAUUUUCACUUUAACACGAACUUCUGUUAGACUAUAUUUUAUCAAGCAAAUUGGAAAUUAAAUCAAUAUUUAUAAUUAGGAUAUGCUCUUAGAUUCUAAUUAACAUUUUCCUGUGCAUGGGUGUACAUGUCAUGUAUAUUUCUAUUUUUUAUCUUCUUUAUUUUCUUCUUUUUCUUUGCAAAAAUGAAAAUAUUAGUACAGUUUUCUUGAUGGAUUAAAUGUCACCUUGUGAGACAAGUCUUUGUUAUGCACUCAGCAAUUACAUUCUACUCUCUGUCUGUCUGUUGUCUUACACAGAUUUUGCUGGAAAAAAAAGAGACUACAUAUUAAACAAACUUAAAAAUAAACUUAUUGCUGCCCAAGAAUGAAA